AUGACCUUAGAACAAACACCGAGUGCCGUGUUAGAGGCUCAAUCUGCUCUACUAUCAAACUUUGAAGUUCUCGAAGUUCUCCGUGAAUUAGGCGCAAAACAUGCCGAACAGUUGGCGGCAGAACCUGGAGUACUCUUUGCCGAGAAUCUAAAAACGAUACAAUACGAGAUAAUGCAGUACCUUGCUUCUGAUCAAUCGCCAGUCGGAAGUCAAACAGCCGAACAGGUUAAAAAUUUGUUAGAAGCACUAAAACCAUAUCCAUUGACUAAGAGCGAGAAAUUACAAAUAAUCAACCUAAGGCCUGAAAGACCUGUUGAACUUUAUGUGAUCAUAGAAGAUUCCGAGGAUAGGGGAUUAACAGACAAGUUUGAUGAGAUACUUUCGCUAGUAGCGAAUCAUUUGCCAAAAUUUCCGAAACAACAAGAGAGAGACAGUGGUUUAACGGUUUAA